CACCUUCAGCUUUACAAGAAAGCCAAGAAAAAAAAAAGAUGGUGAAUAUUUUUGCAAUCUUGAAGCCUGUAGUAUGGCUACUAAUGAAAUUUUACGGAUUAUCACCUCAAAUAGUCGAAACCGAGCCCGGAACGAAGAUAAAAAUAUGGGUACCAUCGAAAACAAAAUCAGCAAACAAGCCAAAUGUGGUGUUUCUGCAUGGUUUUGCAGGUGAUGGCAUUUUUUCAUGGAUGUCACAAGUAAUGGCGAUCUCCAGCACCCAUGCAGUCUACGUGCCUGACCUACUCUUCUUCGGUGGCUCGUACACCGACAAGCCGGGGCGGUCCACGGCGUUUCAAGCAGAGGUUAUGGCAGCUGCAUUGCGAAAAGUGGGUGUCAAGAAGUGUACUGUGGUUGGCUUAAGUUAUGGUGCAUGUGUAGGCUUCAAGAUGGCUAAGUUGGAUCCGGAACUGGUUGAGUUUAUUGUUGCUAGUGACACUAUUAUUGAGCUCAAUGAGUCCUUUGUUCGAGUUGUGCUGGAUCAUUAUGGGUUUGAUAAUUUUGUAGAGUUUUUGAUGCCAAAAACAGCUGACGGGCUUAUCAGGUUUCUUACAAUCUGUAAUCACGGACCUGUCAAUUUACCUCAGUUUGCUGCUAAGGAUUUUCUCAGGGAGUUCUAUAACAACAGGAAGGAGAAGGCCGAAUUGGCGGAAGCUUGGGUCAUUCCUGAUAAUGAAGUAAAACCCAUUAGUCUCAGCCAGAAAGUUCAUCUGGUGUGGGGUGACGAUGACAAAAUUUUCAAUUCCAAUGUUGCUGAGAGGACAAAAAUGCAAUUGGGAGGGCAUACAACACUGCACUACAUAGAAGAUGGAGGACAUGCAGUUCAGAUGGAAAAACCUGAUCUUUACAACGCCGAACUAAAGAAGGUUCUUUCUUCACGCAUUAUAAACUCCAGAGAAGAUUAGAAACCUUACAGUUGGGUGUUUAUUCAAAUAUAUUUCACUAUGUUGUAAUAGAUGUAAUUUUGAUUAAGUUCGGUGUUUAUUCUAUAUGUAGUAUAUUGGGAAGGCUGUUACUAUUUUUCAUGUACUACUCAACAAUUAUGUGCCUUAA